UAAGAGAAAUUUUUUUUCAAACCUUAUAUCAACCAAAAAUGUAACAAUGGACUACGGAUAGUACUUUAAAUGUACUUCAAAUGUUAAAUCAAAAAUAUUUUUAUUAAAAAAUUUGUCAAUUCUUUUUUUGAAUGAAAAUAACGAAUUUAGUCGAAGUGUUUUUUCUUCCUUUUUUGUAAAAUUUUCUAGUCAAAAAAGUGCAUUUUGAUCAUUGAUAAAUGAUGGCGAGUUUUUUUGUUAAUGGUUCAACGAAUCCAGGUGAAGAUGAACGAUAUAAUGAACGUACACCGUUAAUUGGUCAGUAUCCAAUAGAAAGAACAUCGUACCUUGGCAUCGCAUUUUUGGCGGCAUGUUUGUUUAUUGGAUCCUUUAUUGGAAUAUAUCUGUUAAUUGUUGAUGGACAAAAUUGGGAAGUGCGCACUAUACCGUAUAUUUAUAUUAGUCGAGCAGCAUGGAGAGCUCAGCCACCACGAGUUGUAUAUCCAUUAAGACCACCAAUUAUGGAUAUUUUUAUAACACACACAAACACUUCAACAUGUCUGGAUUAUGAUUGUAUGCGAUUGGUACGGCAUCAACAAAUUUUGCACAUGUUUCAAGACAAUAUGACUGAUAUCGCAUACAAUUUCUUGGUAUCUGAAGGUGGCGUUGUUUAUGAAGGUCGAGGUUGGGAAACCCAAAGUGAAGUUUGGGUAAAUCGUAAUCAUACACUUAGCAUCGCCUUGAUUGGGAGCUAUGAAAAGACAUCACCACCAAAAAAACAACUUCAAGAAACAAAGCUAUUAAUUGACGAAUGUGUACAAUGGAAACAAGUUGCCCGUUGUUAUAAAGUAAUUUUCGAUCCAAAAUUAAUGAUUGAUGAAAAAUUAAAAAAAUUGUUUAUGCAAUCAAAAUAUUGUACGUAAUAGA